GGAGCACGCGCUGAUGUUUCAACUGCGGACACCUGGACAGUUUCAUAGUUGUAAUCCGGCUCGUAAUCGACACUCCACUUACACGGGAGUUUCGUGUAAACUCUAUCUAUAUCAAACGCCGGCAGUGCAUGAUAGCUCUCUUUGUUCGCCAGAUCGGCAAUGGCAACCAUGUGAGCGGAAGUGGCGACGUUCCUGUGAAAUUACGUGUGUCACUUUCGUGCGACGUCGUAACGACGACAUUCGUUAAUCGUGGUGUUCUUAAAGAGGGCUCGAAAAGGGCAAACCGACGUUUAAUGGCAGCUGGAUCUAUUACGUUCCGUUUGAAUCAGUGUAAAUGUGAUUCUAAAUGUGAUUCUUACCAUGCAUUAUUAUCGUUAAUAAGUUAUUUUUAAUAAUAUUGUAAAUUAAGAAGUUAUUGUUAAUUAGCGAAAAUUAACUUUUGAAGAGAUUUGUUAUUGUGCCAUUAACAUUCUUUUCGUAAUCACCUCUUGUUCACUUUGAGUUCCGAGUGCAGAUAACAAGUGAAACAAAUACUCUCUCCGAGAUAGUUCGAUUGGCCAAAGGGUUCACGAAGCUGAAUGGAUACGACGGUGCCGUUGCUCUUGCCAACUCGUGGAUUAUCGGCGCUAUGGCUUCUCCUGUUACUAUCACCCGCCGCACUUGCCUCCUACAGUAUCGGCGUCGGAAGAGCUGACAGCACGGGGCCGAUUGCUGAAAUCGUCUUUAUGGGAUAUGCAAAAAUGGAUCAGAAGGGAACCGGUCUUCAUCUUCGCACGUUCUCCAGAGCUUUCAUAAUCGACGAUGGUGUGGAACGAUUUGUGUUUGUCAGCGUAGAUAGCGCGAUGAUAGGCAACGAUAUCCGGCAAGAGGUACUGCGCAAAUUACGGGACCAAUUUGGUAAUAUGUACACAGAGAAGAACGUGAUGAUUAGCGGCACUCACACGCACUCGAGUCCUGGUGGUUUCAUGCUCGACAUACUCUACGACCUGACCACAUUUGGCUUCGUCAGGGAGUCAUUUGACGCUAUCGUUAACGGAAUAAUGAAGAGCAUCGAACGUGCACACUGUGCUGUUGUUCCUGGAAGAAUCUUCAUUACCAAUGGCCAGGUUUUGGACGCCAAUAUUAACAGGAGUCCUCAAGCGUAUCGAAAUAAUCCGCAGUCAGAAAAGGAUAAAUAUGAGCAUAAUGUAGACAAGACACUAACACAAAUGCAAUUUGUUGACGCCGACAAUAAGCCCCUGGGUGCCAUAAAUUGGUUCGCUGUGCACCCAACCAGCAUGAACAAUACCAAUCGCUUAGUCUCCAGUGACAAUGUGGGCUACGCUUCGAUCCUCUUUGAGAAAAUGAUGGACAGCGAUGCCCUGAUCGGCAAGAGCUCGUUCGUGGCAGCCUUCGCCUCGACUAAUCUCGGCGACGUCUCACCAAACACACGUGGCCCGAAAUGCGAGUUCUCCGGGAAUGAGUGCUCCGACCAAUACACAUGUCCUGGAAAGAAGGAGAAAUGCUUCGCAUCCGGUCCCGGCGAGGAUAUGUUCGACAGCACGAGCAUCAUUGCCAACAAGAUAUACAAGGAGGCCCUGAAAUUAUGGCAAAGUGGUGAAGCCAUGGAAGUGGUUGGACCGGUGCGAGUAGUACAUCAAUAUGUCAACAUGCCGGAGCAGACCGCCGAGUUCUUUAACGAGACCACAGGCAAGCUCGAGGAGGUACGUGGCUGCAUAUCUGCAAUGGGCUACAGCUUCGCGGCCGGUACCACUGAUGGACCCGGCUCGUUCGCUUUUGAACAGGGAACAACGACGCCCAAUCCACUCUGGAAUGCGGUACGAAAUUUCCUGGCCGCCCCAACGGCCGAUGAUAUUCGUUGCCACGGCGCGAAACCCAUCCUGCUCGCCACCGGACGGAUGAGGCUGCCGUAUCAAUGGCAGCCGAAAAUCAUUUCGACCCAAGUGGCCGUAAUCGGGAACGUUGUCCUCGCCGGAGUGCCCGGUGAAUUUACAACAAUGUCCGGAAGAAGAUUGCGAGAGGCUAUCAAGAAAGUCAUGAACGAUGCGUCCGACGACGAAACGUCCGUAAUAGUCGCGGGGCUCUGCAAUACUUACAGCAGUUACGUAACCACUCCCGAGGAGUAUCAGAUACAGAGGUACGAAGGUGCGUCGACAAUAUACGGCCCGCAUACGCUUACGAUUUACUUGAGGCAAUACCAGGAGUUAGUACAAGCAGCCAUCAACAAAAAAACGAUUCCGCCAGGGCCAUCGCCGCCGGAGUUGCUAAAAAGCAAUUUGAUCAGCCUUGUGCCUCCCGUCUUAUAUGACACUCCGAGAUGGCGACGCAACUUUGGGGACGUUAUUCAGCAGCCGCAGAAAGUCGCAUCGCCGGGUGACACCGUCGCGGCAAUCUUCGUUUCAGGACAUCCUCGAAACAAUCUGAUGACGGAUGGCUCAUUCUUGACUGUGGAGCGAUUAGGUGAUGACGAAGUUUGGAUACCAGAGGCCACAGACGCCAAUUGGGAGACCAAAUUUGUAUGGACGAGGACUUCCGUGAUAUUGGGAUCGAGUCAGGUGACCAUUACGUGGGAAAUCCCGCAGAACGUUAAACAGGGCGAAUAUCGCAUCAGACAUAAUGGUUAUUAUCGCUAUAUCCUCGGUGGCGUGUAUCCUUAUUACGGCGUCACAAAUCAUUUUCAAGUAAAAGUUCCUGAUUCAAAACUACGCAGAUAUGGAUAAUCGCUUGGUGCUUCGCACGUGCCUUCAUAGUCAAUAGGAAAAUUAUUACGCUUAAUUUAGAAUCGAAUUAAUCUCGAUUCAAGUGUAAAUAAAUGUUUCCUUUGGUCAAACGAUGAAAUUUAAAAAUUGCAUAAAAUACGAACCAAAUUUUUCUGGUUGGGAGAUUAUCGCGUGACUUUACUGUACAAAUCUUUACACAUAAAGUAAAUUCUGUUCCGUUUCGUUCCAUUUAUUAUCCAAAAUAAAUGUAAUUCCUCAGAGUUAGCGAUUUUGCAAUAUUUGUCUAUAAUGAUUUAUAGAAUACUCGUGUGACUUAUUGGGUUGUAAUAAAAGCUCAUAGCACUUAAUUCUUUUUAUGAAGUAGAUGAAAAAUUUCGGAAAGAAUCAUGAAGCUGCCACAAAGUUGCCAAAUCGUAGUGGAACAAAACGGCGCGUAUAGAACGUAAGAUUAUUUUCGAGCUUAGCCAAGAAAGUGCUAUUAUAAAACUAACUACCUACUUAGCAAUAAAUCGAUAUUACCGUUA